UGCCAUGGCCGACCAGAGCAACAUCCAGAGCGCCGCCUCCAAGAGCAUCCGCCCGUUCCGCUCCAGCGAGGAGUACCUCUAUGCCAUGAAGGAGGACCUCGCCGAGUGGUUCAACACUCUCUACGACCUGGACAUCCAUGUUGACAACUUCAUGGAGACGCUGGAGACGGGCUACGACCUCUGCCAACACGCCAACAAUGUGAACCGCACCGCCCUAGAAUUCCAGCAGCAGCACCCCGAGGCCGCGGCCCGCAUGCGCAUCCCUCAGAACGAGGUCAUCUUCCAGGCCAAGAAUGUGGUGCCCGGCUCCUUCAUCGCCAGGGAUAACAUCUCCAAUUUCAUCCAGUGGUGCCGGCAGGACCUUGGCAUCCAGGAUGUCCUGAUGUUUGAAACCAAUGACUUGGUGCUGAAGAAAAAUGAGAAGAACUUUGUGCUCUGCUUGCUGGAGGUGGCCAGGCGAGGCUCCAAGUUUGGGAUGCUUGCCCCCAUGCUCAUCCAGAUGGAGGAGGAGAUCGAGGAGGAGAUGAGGGACCAAAUUGCCUAUGGGGUGCUGGACAUGCACCGGGAAAGCCACAGCCUGGACUCUGAGGCUCUGGUCUACCCCAGCAAGGCCCAGCGCAUCUCCCUGUGUGACCUGAAGAACCUGGACGAGCUGGUGCGUGAGAUCCUGGGCUGCUGCACCUGCCCCUCGCAGUUCCCCAUGGUCAAAGUCUCCGAGGGCAAGUACCAAGUGGGAGACUCCAACGCGCUCAUCUUUGUCCGG